UGUGCCUUAAAAGCCAUAAAAGGCUUAAGUAUGGAGCGGUGAUGCUGGGAGCCCGCACGCACACGCGGCUGCUGCUCCGAGGAGGAGAGCAGAUGGGGAAACACCCUCCUCCGUGACCGUCCUACAUCUUCCAGAGGGGGAACAGCAGCGCCGCUGGAUUUAUGGUGAUUUUUUUUCCCUCCCUCCCACGCAGCAUUCCCAGCCCCGGCCGCUCCCGGCGCCGCUCGCAUCCCUGGAGGCGCUUGGAAAGGGAUGCUCGGAGGGCACCGGGGAUUUUUGGGGUGAAGUCGCGGCGGGUUCCUGGCCAUGCUCCGCCUGGACUCGGUUUCCCCGGAGCUGUCUUUGCUCUGCUCGUUCCCACAAAGGACCUGCCCAGCACUCCAGAGAAAUCCUCAGCAGUCUCCAAGUGCUUUGAGCCACGUUCUGUGUGCUGGAUUGGGCUCUGCAGGAGCUCCUGAGGCAGGUCUGGAUCUGCAGGAUUAGUGGAGAUGGAAUGAAAGCAUAACCACCAACCCCUCACCAUGGAGCUGGCCAACACCAAGGACUUCCAGUGGAAAUGCCUGGCCCCGCUCCCGAGCCGCAGGGUUUACUCCACGCUGGUGGAGGCCGGGGGACAGGUCUUUGCCAUCGGGGGCUGCGACGACAACGGGGUCCCCAUGGACUCCUUCGAGGUCUAUUCCCCCGAGGCCGACCAGUGGACAGCCCUGCCCCCCAUGCCCACGGCCCGGGCAGGGGUGGCCGUGGCCACGCUGGGCAAGAGGAUCAUGGUGGCCGGAGGGGUCGGGGCCAACCAGCUGCCGCUGAAGGUGGUGGAGAUGUACAACGUGGAUGAGGGCAGGUGGAAGAAGAGGAGCUCGCUGAGGGAGGCGGCCAUGGGCAUCUCGGUGACGGCCAAAGACUACAGGGUGUAUGCAGCUGGUGGGAUGGGGUCUGACCUGCGGCCACACAACUUCCUGCAGCACUAUGACAUGCUCAAGGACAUCUGGGUGUCCCUGGCAGCCAUGCCCACACCCCGCUACGCUGCCACCUCCUUCCUCAGGGGCACCAAGAUCUACGUGCUGGGUGGAAGGCAGUCCAAGUACGCCGUCAACGCCUUCGAGGUCUUCGACACGGACACCAGGUCGUGGACCAAGUUUCCCAACAUCCCCAACAAAAGGGCCUUCUCCAGCUUCGUGCCCACGGAGGACAGGCUGUUCAGCCUCGGGGGGCUGCGCCAGGGGCGGCUCUACAGGCAGCCCAAGUUUAUGAGGACCGUGGACGUGUUUGACGUGGAGCAAGGUGGCUGGAUGAAGAUGGAACGCUCCUGCUACCUGAAGAAGAGGCGAGCAGACUUUGUGGCUGGGUACCUGAAAGGCAGAGUCGUCGUGGCUGGGGGACUAGGAAACCAGCCGACCGUCCUGGAGUCUGCAGAGGCCUUCCACCCCGAGAAGAACAAGUGGGAGAGCCUCCCCCCCAUGCCCACCCCGCGCUGCGCCUGCUCCAGCAUCGUGGUGCGGAACUGCCUGCUGGCCGUGGGGGGGGUGAGCCAGGGCCUGAGCACGGCUGUGGAGGCCCUGUGCCUCUCGGAUUCCUAGCUGGAUUCCCAGCUGGAUGCUGCCUGGAGCAGGACCUGCCCCUCGCUGGCCCUGGCAGUGGCGCUGGUGGUGGUGCUGGCAGCUCCCAGGGUCAGGUGAGUGCCAUCCAUGCUGUGCUGGGAGCUUGGAAGCCCAGCCCUGGAGCCA